AUGCGCCCUCAAGUAGUCCGAGCCACCCGACUUGUCGGCCGACGAUUCAACUCUUCAUCAUCUUCCUCCACCUCAUCCCCAUUGAACAACCCAAACGUUCAAAAAGCAGUAGAAGGUGCUCAAAAAGCUUAUACUCAAACAGCUGCCACCGUGAAGAAAGUCGCUGGUCCUCUGGGAGAUAGAGUCGGAUCUGCCCUUGGUGGAUACCGAGAACCGCUCGUAUACAACUCGAAAGUGGUAGCUUCAGUAGCGAAACAAGUAUGGCAAGCUGAGAAACUCGCACCUCCUCUUGACGCAGCUACUUGGGCAAGAGCUUACAGUCAAAUUUGGUCAAGAGCAACUAACGGUGGAUAUUGGAGAAAUCUGUUGAAAACCGGUGGAUGGGCUAGUUUAGGUGUUGCCGCCGUCGAGGCAUAUGGUAUCUUCUCUAUCGGAGAGAUCAUCGGUCGACGAAACCUCGUAGGUUACAACCUCAAGGCUUAG